CUGGCUUAUCACGCUCUGGUCACACUGAAUGUGGUUUUUUGCAAAUAAAAUAUUCGCACACAAAAGUAAGCACUUUACCAAUGAAAUGUGUACUAUAUAAGUGAUUAAAAUACCUGUUCGAUCCAUCCCAAUGCCAAGCCAAACGAGUGCACACCUCCAAAGCGAGUAAAAUGGAAAGAAAGUGAAGUGAUUGGCUCCAACAACUGUUUGUGUGUGUUUGUACUUAGUGACGUGCGCUCGCUGCGCUGCUACUGCGCUGCCUCGACUGCAACGCAAAAACGCAACAAAAAUUUGUGAAUAAUUUGGAAUAUCUAGAAUUAUACGCGUAGAAUAGCAGCAGCUGGACAGGGACAGGAAUGGAAAAGUUUCCGCUUAAGGGCAGCAGAGAGGCUGCGGCGGAGGGCAACAGCUACAUAACCGCCUACCAGACGGUGAUGAAAAAGUCGAACGGCCACACGAACGGAGCUACGGGCGACAGUGACGGUAGCUUCCACGACCAUCCGCUGGCGCAGCACUCUAAGCUGACCACUUCGCUGACAGCGACGGCGGGCACAGACGAGGAGGAUAUGAUCGACAUCACACCGCGUUCUAGUCCGGGCGAUGUAAUCGGUGGCGGCAUCGGUGGAGGAGGCGGAAGCAGUAGCGGCUAUCACCGGGAAACGGCCACCGAAUCGGAUACUGAGCGAGAGUUUGGACACUCAGGUGGCCACAGUCAGCGAACAAUGCACCAGCAUGUGCCAACUCACAGUGCCUUCGGUGAUCCCAUGGACGGAGCACUGUCCUUCUAUGGCUCCUCGGAUGUGCAGGAUGAUAUUCCGGGGAUUGGUCAGUAUGAGGAUUUCCAUACCAUCGACUGGCAAAGGGACAUUGCUCGAGAUCGGAUGCGACAUCGCUACAUUGUGAAGAAGCGGCAGGACUCGCUGUGGGAUUUGAUCAAGGGCUCCAUUGAUGCCGGAUCUGGGUGGUUGUGCGUUCUACUCGUCGGCAUUGCCGCUGGCUGUGUGGCCGGCAUGGUGGACAUUGGCGCCAGUUGGAUGUCCGACCUGAAGCAUGGUAUUUGUCCACCCGCCUUUUGGUUUAAUCGAGAGCAGUGCUGUUACCCGGCCAAGCAAUCGGUGUUUGAGGAAGGCAACUGCUCGACGUGGAAGACCUGGCCGGAGAUAUUUGGCCUGGAUCGAAAUGGCACCGGACCGUAUAUCGUCGCCUAUAUUUGGUAUGUGCUUUGGGCACUGCUGUUCGCCUCUCUCAGCGCCUCACUGGUGCGGAUGUUCGCCCCAUACGCCUGCGGAUCGGGUAUACCGGAGAUCAAGACCAUCUUGUCGGGCUUCAUCAUACGCGGCUACUUGGGCAAGUGGACGCUGCUGAUCAAAUCAGUGGGUCUGAUGCUCUCUGUGUCCGCUGGCCUUACGCUGGGCAAAGAGGGACCUAUGGUCCAUAUUGCCAGCUGUAUUGGCAACAUAUUCUCGCACGUUUUCCCCAAAUAUGGAAGGAACGAGGCCAAGAAGCGUGAGAUUCUAUCAGCAGCAGCGGCGGCCGGCGUUUCAGUGGCUUUCGGAGCACCAAUUGGAGGAGUUUUGUUCUCGCUGGAGGAGGUAUCCUAUUACUUUCCCCUGAAGACCUUGUGGCGUUCCUUCUUUUGUGCCCUGAUCGCCGCUUUCGUGCUGCGAUCGCUGACUCCAUUUGGCAAUGAGCAUUCCGUGCUUUUCUUUGUGGAGUAUAACAAACCGUGGAUUUUCUUUGAGCUCAUUCCCUUUGUUUUCCUGGGAAUAAUGGGGGGUGUGAUUGGUACGUUUUUCAUCAAGGCGAACUUGUGGUGGUGCCGCUAUAGGAAAUUCAGCAAGCUGGGCCAGUAUCCCGUCAUGGAGGUGCUCUUUGUGACUCUGGUCACUGGCAUCAUCUGCUACCCGAACCCCUUUACCCGCAUGAACAUGAACGAGCUGAUCUUCCUGUUGGUCAGCAAGUGCUCGCCCGGCGAUGUCACCAAUCCCUUGUGCGAGUACAAACGCAUGAACAUUACGAUGGGCAACAGUAUCAUUGAGGUCACAGAGCCUGGCCCUGGCGUCUACAGCUCCAUUUGGCUGCUGAUGCUCACCUUUAUACUCAAGCUGGCUCUGACUAUCUUCACAUUUGGCAUGAAGGUGCCGGCGGGUUUGUUUAUUCCGUCCCUGCUGCUGGGCGCCAUCAUGGGCCGCAUUGUGGGCAUUGGCGUGGAGCAGUUUGCUUACAGCUACCCAAAUAUCUGGUUCUUUACCGGUGAAUGUGCGGACAGCAAUCUAAUUACGCCCGGACUGUAUGCGGUGGUGGGUGCGGCAGCUGUUCUGGGCGGUGUCACACGCAUGACGGUCUCCCUGGUGGUGAUCAUGUUUGAGCUGACGGGCGGAGUGAGAUAUAUUGUGCCACUGAUGGCCGCUGCCAUGGCCUCCAAGUGGGUGGGCGAUGCUUUGGGCAGGCAGGGCAUCUACGAUGCGCACAUUGCGCUGAAUGGUUAUCCGUUCCUGGACAGCAAGGAGGAGUUUGCGCACACAACUCUGGCAGCGGAUGUUAUGCAGCCAAAACGCAAUGAAACCCUAAAUGUCAUCACCCAAGACUCCAUGACGGUGGACGAUGUGGAGAACCUGCUUAAGGAAACGGAACACAAUGGUUAUCCGGUGGUGGUGUCCCGCGAAAAUCAAUACUUGGUGGGCUUUGUGUUGCGCAGGGACCUGAACUUGGCCAUAGGCAAUGCCAAGCGUCUUAUUGAGGGUAUUAGCAGCAGCUCCAUAGUAUUAUUUACCUCUACUCAGCCCACGCAAAACCUGGGACCGCAGCCUCUCAAGUUAAAGAAGAUCCUGGACAUGGCACCUAUCACGGUGACGGAUCAAACGCCGAUGGAAACGGUGGUGGAUAUGUUCCGUAAGCUGGGACUGCGCCAGACGCUAGUGACACACAAUGGUCGCCUGCUCGGCGUGAUUACAAAGAAGGAUGUGCUGCGGCAUGUAAAGCAAAUGGAUAACGAAGACCCCAAUACAGUUCUCUUCAACUGAAUUUAUCAUCAGCCAAUCAGCCGCUUCUAGUUAUUAUUAUUAUUAUCGCGAAACCAACUAUAUUUGAUAUGUGCAAAGUGCAGAUUGCAAUCUAGGCUUAAGUGAAAAGUAGAACAGAGUGUGGAGUGAUCGGAAUGAACGGACUGAAGCUAGCAGAUUGGGCGUGAGAGAUUUAGCAAAAUUGUGUGUGCAGUUCUAUUAUAUAUUUAUACAUAUAUCGCGUAUAUCUCGUUAAUGUUAAUUGUAUAAUUUAUUUAUUACGCUAGGCAAGUGUCUAUAUAGGCAGGCCAUUUUGUAAUUACGUCUUUGUAAACACUCGUACGCAACACACAUUAUUUUUACAUGUCCACCAUGAUACCACAAGCCUGCGGAUGAGGAGUAAGUAGAGAAUCUUUUAUUUUUAUCGAGAUCCCCAAGAAAAAGAAACUGCUUAUUUUAAUGCAAUAUUAUCAAGCUUUAAGUUUUCUUCUGCAUUUUGUUUUUUUGAAAUUAUACACAAAGAAAGUCUUGUUUAUACAAAUGAAAUUAUAUAUAGUCUAUAUCUACAUGUGGUAUUUGUUAGAGAUCUGGAGAAAUUUUAAAAUAAACUCGUGUAAAUAGCAAUCCUAAGAGAAGAAGAUAGAGCCGUACACAUUAACAUUAAGCAGUCAUUGCAAAUAUAAGCGAUUAUUUCAAAAACUGA